AUGGCAGAUGCUGAGCAUUUACAGACCUAUGCCCCCCUCUGCUUUCUGUUGCCUUCCCAUUCUCCUCUGUUCACAGCACUCCACUCUGUGAAGGCCAGUGUGAGCAUUCAGGAGGAGCAGCCUCAGGGGUCUUCACUGGGAACCACGCCACACUAUGUUGGGAUGUCCAUGUCUCUCAGAUGGCUCACAGCCCUGUUCCUGUUCCUGCUGGUGAGUUCUGGAGGGGCCGCUCCAGUGGAAGACCCUGAGGACGAGCUGCUCAACCUGGACACAGAUGAAGACCUGGACCUCCACCUUUACAACACUUUUGACUAUGAUGAUCUGGACCAAGAGAUAGAUGCUCCUGUUCCAGAGGUCACUGCAGAGCCUGAAGCAGCUGAGGAAGAAGAAGAAGAAGAAAACGUAGAAGAAGUAGAAGAAGAGGACCAAUCUCACGAGGAAUUUCCCAAACCCAGCACACCCAUAUCCACCACCCUGGACUUCAAGGCCAAGGAACUGUUUGGCCCUAACACUGGCAUGGGUAUGCCCACUUGUCUGCUGUGCGUGUGCCUUGGGGGGAGCGUGUAUUGUGACGACUCCGAUUUAGAAGAUAUUCCACCUCUUCCGAAAGACACCGCUCACUUCUACGGGCGCUUCAACAAAAUCGAACACAUCAAGAACUCAACAUUCAUUAAUCUCAAUAAUCUCCAGUCCAUAGACCUUACGGGGAAUGACAUCUCAGAGAUUGACGAGGCUGCGUUCAGACCAUUGCUGCUUCUGCAGCAGCUGAUUCUGGCAGAUAAUGAUGUGAAGAUGUUGCCUGAACUUCCCAACAGUAUGAAGCUCAUCGACCUACGCAACAACAAACUGAAGAACUCCGGACUGCACACAGAAGGAUUCCAGGACAUGAGUGAUCUGGAGUACUUGUAUCUGUCUGAUAAUGACUUGGACUACGUUCCCACACCUUUGCCUCUGAGUCUGCGAGUGCUGCACCUCCAGAACAACAAUAUUCAGUCUCUUCAUGUGGACACAUUUUGCCACAGUCACGACCCCACAUUCGUUCGUCAGAAGCUGGAGGAUAUCCGCCUUGAUGGGAAUCCCCUGAACACCCACCUGUUUGGGGCAGCGUACUCCUGCCUGCCCCGCCUGCCUGUGGGCUCACACUGA